UGAAGAACACACAGAGGUGAAGGGGCAGCAGAAUGGUGGACUUCCAAUCUCACUACAGAGUGUACCCUCACGGCUUCACUUCCGAUCCUCCUCGAGUUGGAGUGAAGACCAACAGAGAACUCUACCAUGAAGAGGGACGAAAAGUUUUCAGGAAAAGGCAUGAUCGUCCAGUACAUGACUGUCGUCAUGAAGUAAUGAAAGACCACACAGACAGACAAGAGUUUGAGACAUGGGUGUUGUCGCAUGGCAUGACAGAGACGUACAGAGCAGUGGAAGAUCUACAUGACAAGUCUGAAGAACCAACUCCUGGCACAAAGAAACCUGACAAGCUACUGUACAAGUUGGGUGAGACGGGUAGCGCCCCCGGUGACUUCCGCUACCCGCGAGGACUGUGCACCACGAUGGACUGCGAUAUUCUGGUUGCUGACUCAAUGAACCAUCGAGUGCAGCAUCUCAAUCAAUACGGUGUGUACAAGAAGCAUGUCGGAAAGCAGGGACAGGGAAAUGAGGAGUUCAACGAACCUUGUGACGUCCUUGAACUGCCCAACGGGGAUAUUGCAGUAGCAGAUAAAAAGAAUAAAAGAGUGCAGGUUCUCACAGAAGAUUUGAAGUUUAAGUACAGUAUGCCAAUAGCUGGAGAGCCUUUCAGCUUGGGCUGCGACAGAGACAUGAAUGUUGCCGUGGCAACGACUCGGAAGGAGAUCUUCAUUUUUAACAGUUACGACAGAGUGAUGCUUCACCACUUUCCAGUGGGGGCAAAGGGCAAGUCCUCGGGUGCUCCAAUACAGAUCUCAAUGUCAAACGACUCGGAGAUCCUGGUGAGUGACCCGGAGGACGGUCAUGUGUACCUGUACACGCUGGAGGGUCGCUGCUUCUGUCGGUUUUCCCCUGAGGCACACUCAGCGGGCCUGUCUGUGAUGGCCGGUGACGUCUGCUUCACGCCGCUGGGCCAGAUUCUUGUCGUGGACGUCCUUAACCAUGUGAUCAACGUGUACACGGACAACGGCGAGUUUCUCCAGCAGGUCCUAGUCCCCACGGACGACGUUGGCAGUGUUCACUCCCUUGCCCUAGGGCUGGAAGGCCACCUGGUGGUCUCAGAGUUCAGUGUUGGGGGAGACCACUGCAUCAAGAUCUUCCGCUACCGACAGUGUCCGUGCCAUGAGGGGAAAACCCCUGGGAGCAAGAAGAGGACACCGGUGGCCUCUCCCAACAUGUGAACUCGUUUCUAUGACAUCGGAGAGUUGAAAGAUGCUGAUGGGGUUGUGCGAUCCAACUAAGGGGUUUUAAUGUACAGUUUUAGGUCUUUUGGUCAACUUUUGUCAGCACAUAAUCAUAGUGGGAAUUCCUUCGACUUUUGUCUUGCUAGACUCCCAAAAAACAAAGAGUGGUUGUCAGAUGCUAGCAGACCUAUUACAUUGGAGUAAAAGCAGUUAUCAGACUCCAUUUUUAAAACAUUAGUGCAAAUCAAACGUUGUACAAAUGUAGGAUCUUUGCUGAUGCACUCUGAACACAUAAGAAUUUCACUUCCACCUUGGAUGAUUUGCCCGUCACUGUCAGUACAGUAGAACUCGGAUUCAACGAGGUCUCCGGGCCUGACCUAAAAUCUAGUUGAAUCCGAGUGUUUGUUAUAGCAAACAAGAGGUUUUGUAUAGAUAAUUACAGGCCCUGAGCAAGUAAUGUGUAAA